CCUGACAGCCGGGUCCCGGGCGCGGCGGGCCGGGAGGAGCUGUCAGUCUGUCCGUCCUGUCUGUCCGUCCUGUCUGUCUGUCUGUCUGUCUGUCUGUCUGUCUGUCUGUCUGAGCCCGCGGCCCCGCGGCCCCCGCAGCCACCAUGCCCUUGGCUUUCUGCGGCAACGAGAACAAUUCGGCCGCCUACAAGGUGGACCGGGGCGUCCUGAACAACGGCUGCUUCGUGGACGCCCUCAACGUGGUGCCGCACGUCUUCCUGCUCUUCAUCACCUUCCCCAUCCUCUUCAUCGGCUGGGGCAGUCAGAGUUCGAAAGUUCACAUUCAUCACAGCACGUGGCUCCAUUUCCCCGGCCACAACCUACGCUGGAUACUGACCUUCAUCCUGCUGUUUGUCCUGGUGUGCGAGAUAGCCGAGGGCAUUCUGUCUGAUGGGGUGACCAACUCUCGCCAUCUACACCUGUAUAUGCCAGCGGGAAUGGCCUUCCUGGCCGCCAUCACCUCCGUGGUCUACUAUCACAACAUCGAAACCUCCAAUUUUCCCAAGCUCCUGAUUGCCUUGCUGGUCUACUGGACCUUAGCCUUCAUCACCAAGACCAUCAAGUUUGUCAAGUUCUACGACAAUGCCAUCGGGCUGUCUCAGCUGCGCUUCUGCCUGACGGGGCUGCUGAUGGUUCUGUACGGGCUGCUGUUGGCCGUGGAGGUCAACGUCAUCAGAGUCAGGAGAUACGUCUUCUUCAAACACCCCAAAGAGGUGAAGCCGCCUGAAGACCUGCAGGACCUGGGCGUGCGAUUUCUCCAGCCCUUCGUCAACCUGCUCUCCAAAGGGACCUAUUGGUGGAUGAACACGUUCAUCAAGACGGCCCACAAGAAGCCCAUCGACCUGAAAGCCAUCGGGAAGCUGCCCAUCGCCAUGAGGGCCCUUACCAACUACACGCUCCUGAACGCGGUUUUUGAAGCACACAAGAGCAAAGGGUCUCUGGACUGGCAGGGCUCCAAGGCCAUCUGGUGCGCCCUAGGCUGUGCCUUCGGGCGGCGCCUGGUCCUCAGCAGCACGUUCCGGAUCCUGGCCGACCUACUGGGCUUCGCCGGACCCCUGUGCAUCCUCGGGAUCGUCCACCACCUCGGGAAGGAAAACAAGAUCGUCCAGCCCCAGGCAAAAUUUCUUGGUGUCCACUUUGUGUCGUCCCAAGAGUUUCUGGCCAAUGCUUACGUGUUAGCCAUUCUCCUGUUCCUGGCCCUCCUGUUGCAGAGAACCUUCCUGCAGGCAUCCUACUACGUCGCCAUUGAAACUGGAAUUAACUUGAGAGGAGCAAUACAGGCCAAGAUUUACAACAAGAUCAUGCACCUGUCCACCUCCAACCUGUCCAUGGGGGAGAUGACGGCCGGUCAGAUCUGUAACCUCGUGGCCAUUGACACCAACCAGCUCAUGUGGUUCUUCUUCUUGUGUCCCAAUCUGUGGGCAAUGCCUGUGCAGAUCAUCGUGGGGGUGAUCCUCCUCUACUACAUCCUCGGGAUCAGUGCCCUGAUUGGAGCAGCGGUGAUCAUCGUGCUGGCCCCUGUGCAGUAUUUCGUGGCCACCAAACUCUCCCAGGCCCAGAGAAGCACGCUGGAGUACUCCAACGAGCGACUGAAGAAGACGAAUGAGAUGCUGCGGGGCAUCAAGCUGCUCAAGUUGUAUGCCUGGGAAAAUAUCUUCCGCAGCCGCGUGGAAGAGACACGGAGGAAGGAGAUGACCAGCCUCAGAGCCUUCGCCAUCUACACCUCCAUCUCCAUUUUCAUGAAUGCUGCCAUACCCAUCGCCGCCGUCCUCAUAACCUUUGUGGGCCACGCCUGCUUCUUCAAAGGAGCUGACUUCUCCCCAGCUGUGGCCUUCGCCUCACUUUCCCUUUUCCACAUCCUGGUCACGCCCCUGUUCCUGCUGUCCAGUGUGGUCCGGUCUACAGUCAAGGCGCUGGUCAGCGUGCAGAAGCUCAGCGAGUUCUUAGCAAGUGAAGAAAUUGGAGAUGGCCAGGACAGGAGGGCCGAGCCUCCAGGCGGUGGGGUGGCCAGCAGGAACCAGGCCGUGCCACUCAAGGUGGUUAACCGCAAACAUCCAGCCCGUGAGGACUGGAAGAAUUACAUGGGCCACCUGCGGAGAUUGGCCAACAGCACAGACAACGAGGACUGCUGCGUCCAGGUCACCGGUGGGUUUUUCACCUGGACCGCCGACGGGGUUCCCACGCUGUCCAACAUCGCCAUCCGGAUCCCCCAAGGGCAGCUGACGAUGAUCGUGGGGCAGGUUGGCUGCGGCAAGUCCUCGCUACUCUUGGCCACGCUGGGGGAGAUGCAGAAGAUUUCGGGGGACGUUCUGUGGAACAGCAGUGGUCCUGACAGCGAGGCCGGUGAGGAUGCCAGCCCAGAGAGGGAACCAGCAGCUGACGUGGACAUCAGGAAAAGAGGGCCCGUGGCCUACGCCUCUCAGAAACCGUGGUUGCUGAACGCCACUGUGGAAGAGAACAUCACAUUUGACAGCCCCUACAACAAACAACGGUACAAGGCGGUCAUCGACGCCUGCUCUCUGCAGCCCGAUAUCGACAUCCUGCCCCACGGAGACCAGACCCAGAUCGGGGAGCGGGGCAUCAACCUCUCGGGGGGCCAGCGCCAGCGUAUCAGUGUGGCCAGGGCUCUGUACCAGCACACCAAUGUCGUGUUCCUGGAUGAUCCAUUCUCGGCCCUCGAUGUCCACCUGAGUGACCACCUGAUGCAGGCUGGGAUCCUCGAGAUGCUCCGAGAUGACAAGAGGACCGUGGUCUUGGUGACCCAUAAGCUGCAGUACCUGCCUCAUGCAGAUUGGAUCAUCGCCAUGAAGGACGGCACCAUCCAGAGGGAGGGGACGCUCAAAGACAUCCAGAAAUCGGAGACGGAACUGUUCGAACACUGGAAGACCCUUAUGAACCGGCAGGACCAGGAGCUGAAGAAGGUGCACCCCCUGGAGAGCGGGGAGACGAGCACAGAGAGAAAGACUCUGGGGGAGUCCAAUGGCCUGCCCAGGUCCUUGCCCUCACGGAUCGGCUUCCUGCAAGAUGACGAAGAGGAGGAAGAAGACGCGGCAGAGAGUGAAGAAGAGGACAACUUGUCGUCCGUGCUACAUCAGAGAGCCAAGAUGCCCUGGAGGGCCUGCGGUCAGUACCUGUCAGCCGCAGGGUUCCUACUGCUGUCCCUGCUGGUCCUGUCCCAGCUGCUCAAGCACAUGGCCCUGGUGGCCAUCGACUACUGGCUGGCCCAAUGGACGGCCAGCGAGACGAGCCAGGGCAAGGGCAACUGCUCCUUCAACCAGGCUCAGGAUUGCACUGUCGGGCAGACGGCCAACGCCCUGGUGUUCACGGUGCUCUGCAGCCUGGGCAUCGUGCUCUGUCUCGUCACGUCAAUUGCCGUGGAGUGGACGGGACUGAAGGUGGCCAAGGAACUGCACCGCAGCCUGCUGAACCAGAUCAUCCUGGCCCCCAUGAGGUUUUUUGAGACAACACCACUUGGGAGUAUCUUAAAUAGAUUCUCAUCUGAUUGCAACACGAUCGACCAGCAUAUUCCUGCCACGCUGGAGUGCCUGAGCCGUUCCACGUUGCUGUGUGUGUCCGCUUUGGCUGUCAUCUCCUACGUCACCCCCAUCUUCCUCAUCGCCCUGGUGCCUCUGGCUAUCACGUGCUAUUUCAUCCAGAAAUACUUCCGAGUGGCCUCCAGGGACUUGCAGCAGCUGGACGACAGCACACAACUCCCCCUGCUCGCCCACUUCUCAGAGACGGUGGAAGGUCUCACCACCAUCCGGGCUUUCAGGUACGAAGCUAGGUUCCGACAGAAGCUUCUGGAGUACACGGACUCCAACAACAUCGCUUCCCUCUUCCUCACCGCUGCUAACCGCUGGCUGGAGGUCCGCAUGGAGUACAUCGGGGCUUGCGUGGUCCUCGUGGCAGCGGUGGCAUCUAUCACGUCCAUCAGCAACGAGCUGUCCACGGGGCUGGUGGGCUUGGGCCUGACCUACGCACUCAUGGUGUCCAACUACCUGAACUGGAUGGUGAGGAACCUGGCCGACAUGGAGAUCCAGCUGGGAGCUGUGAAGAGGAUCAACGGCCUCCUGAAAACCGAGCCCGAGAACUACGCCGGGUUGCUGGCGCCUUCGCUGAUCCCCCAGAACUGGCCAGACCGAGGCAAGAUCCAGAUCCAGAAUCUGAGCGUCCGCUACGACAGCUCCCUCAAGCCCGUCCUGAAGCACGUCAAUGCCCACAUCUCUCCAGGGCAGAAGGUUGGGAUCUGUGGCCGGACAGGCAGCGGGAAGUCCUCUUUCUCUCUCGCCUUCUUCCGGAUGGUGGACACUUUUGAGGGCAGGAUCAUCAUCGAUGGCAUCGACAUCGCUAAACUGCCCCUGCAGACCCUGCGCUCCCGCCUGUCCAUCAUCCUCCAGGACCCCGUGCUCUUCAGCGGGACCAUUCGGUUUAACCUGGACCCGGAGAAGAAGUGCACAGACAGCACCCUGUGGGAGGCCCUGGAGAUCGCCCAGCUCAAACCCGUGGUGAAGGCCCUUCCUGGCGGGCUAGAUGCCACUGUGACGGAAGGAGGGGAGAAUUUCAGCCAGGGGCAGAGGCAGCUGUUUUGCCUGGCUCGGGCCUUCGUGCGGAAGACGAGCAUCUUCAUCAUGGACGAGGCCACGGCCUCCAUCGACAUGGCCACGGAAAACAUCCUACAGAAGGUGGUCAUGACGGCCUUUGCUGACCGCACGGUGGUCACCAUCGCGCAUCGGGUGCACACGAUCCUGAACGCGGACCUGGUCAUCGUGAUGAAGCGUGGCGUCAUCCUGGAGUACGACAAGCCGGAGGCCCUGCUGGGCCGCGAGGACAGCAUCUUCGCCUCCUUCGUCCGGGCUGACAAGUGACGGCAACCGUGGGCACCCUGAGCGUGCCAGGACUCCCAGCCCUUUGCCCACCCACACACGUGCUCGCACACUCGGUUUUCUAAUUGUGUAAAUCGCCUGUAAAUAAAGAGAUUGAUUAUUUCGUAUAGAG